UUGUUAUGCUUCCUUUUCUUCCUUUUGAUUCUGUGUGUGGUGUGAGUUUUUUCAUUUUGUGUUUGGAAUUUUUUAAUUUUUUGUCCGAAAAUUCGGUUUUUUCUAAACAAUUUCAAAAAUGGUUUCUGGUCUUAAUACAUCAUCCGAUUUGAAUUGGUUGAUCACCCGUAAUAGUUCAUGCUAUUUGCUAAAACGACGUGGUGUUAAUCAUCAUUUCAGUACGGAUCCAAUGAAUCCAAAAGGUCUUUAUAAACCACGUUUUCAAGGAACAAUUCAACGACGAGCAUUAAGCGUUCAGGAAAAUCCAUCCGGAAAAGGUGUCGUUAUGGUGUACAAAAAACGUUCGAACCAAAAUAAACCGGCCCAAGCAUUGAAUCGUGUUGUUAUGAAUCGUAAUGCUCGCCGUACUACACGUAACAUUAAACAAUUUGUUAACAAACAAAAUUAUCGAAACGAUUUGAAGAAUGUUGUAUUGAGAAAAGCCAGUGCAUUGUUACGAGCACAACGAAUUAAAAAUUCCAAAAAAACUCGUCAAUCCAAAAAGAAAGAAUAAUUAAAUUCAUUUU